CCAUGUAUACAUUACUAACUAGAAGCAGUGUAGCACUAUAUAAAUAGCCCACAGAUGUAGGCAUUCGAAGAACAGUACUGGGUGAAAAAGUAACUAAAUUCUGUUGUCUAGCUUGAGAAGGUUGGUACAUACAUAUAUACAUAGCAAUCGAUAGAUAUGGUUUGUUUUUGCUUUUUGGUUGAUCAGAAGAGGAUGAUGAGGCAGAGUAAGCCAGUAGCAGGGUCGUGCUCACGUUGCGGCCAUGGUGCUCAAGUUGCUGAUAUGCGCACUGCUACCAGAUUUUGUUAUGUCCCCUUUUACUGGAAAUCUUGGAAGGCUAUUGUCUGUUGUUUCUGUGGCGCUGUUCUAAAGUCUUACAGAUAAUAAUCAUUCAGUAAUUCAUUUCUCACCACUGGAUAUAUAUGAAUCUAUAUUAUAUAUUACUAGUAGAAAUUUAGGAGUAUUUUCUGCAGUACGGCCUAAUUAUGGAGCCAUCCAGGCGAAAUUUCUAACUUCACAUAUGGCCUUUGUACUCAUGAUUUUGAUAAUGUCAAAUGAUCAAGGGUUUCUUCUUUCUGAGACGUUUGAAAUUGUGAA